UGCGGCGCAACCGGAUGUAGCUGAACGAGACAUCCGGUUGCAGGGAGCUCGGAAGCUAACGUCGAGUAGAGAGUCAAAAUCGUAACAUUUUGAGAAUUUUCCACGCUGUGCUUUGAUAACGUCAAAGAACAGAGAUGAUUAAAGCCAUAUUAAUUUUUAACAACCACGGGAAGCCGCGGCUGAUCAGAUUCUAUCAGUAUUUUGCGGAGGACAUGCAGCAGCAGAUUAUUCGGGAGACUUUUCAUUUGGUAUCUAAAAGAGAUGACAACGUCUGCAACUUCUUGGAGGGUGGAAGUCUCAUUGGUGGCUCCGACUACAAGCUGAUUUACCGACACUACGCCACUCUCUACUUUGUUUUUUGUGUCGACUCAUCGGAGAGCGAGCUCGGCAUACUGGACCUGAUCCAGGUGUUUGUGGAAACGUUGGAUAAAUGCUUCGAAAAUGUCUGCGAACUAGACCUCAUAUUCCACAUGGAUAAGGUCCAUUACAUUUUGCAGGAGGUGGUGAUGGGAGGGAUGGUACUGGAGACUAACAUGAAUGAGAUUGUAGCUCAGGUGGAGGUGCAGAACCGCAUGGAGAAGUCAGAGGGAGGUCUGUCAGCGGCUCCAGCUCGUGCUGUCUCUGCCGUGAAGAACAUGAACCUGCCCGAGAUUCCCCGCAACAUCAACAUUGGAGACAUCAAUAUCAAAGUGCCGAGCCUCUCCCCAUUCUGAACAGCUUUCCCGCUGAGCUCUGCAGGGCUGGUGCACUACUGAUAUACCCUUCUCCACCCAGCUCUCUGGUCAAAACUGAGAACACUGUUUUGUUUAUUUUUUAAUAAAUGUACCAUAAAAUCACAUCAGUUUACUUUCACCUUCAUUCCCGUAUGUAUGGGAGGUAAACUGUAA